CUGAUUGAGGGGUGGAGCCGCUGCGUGUGUGUGAAUGUGUGCGCGCGCGGACGUGCCUGCGUGCGUGUUAAAGCAGAUUGUCCUACUGUUGCCCCGAGUCUACUACUAUGAACAUGAACACAGCCACACACACACAUCAUCACACACUACACACAGAUCUCCCAACCGAUGUUUGUUUCGGUUAAGGUUAUAUGGGUCACGUAAAGCUGUAUAGAUCGUUGUUUGGUUGCCUUUUCUGCCCCAUCCAUAUCUCCUAGAACAAUCCCUUUUCCAAUUGUCCAGAGACCCUUAAUCCAGCUCCAGAUCCCUAAUAGGAUCGCUGGUAUUAACGCCAAGACAGUGCUGCCAGCUGUCGAGGAGCCCCCCAGUGGCCGAGAAGGAAAUAAAGAAAGCGAGACACUGAAUGGUCCUAGGCAGUGUGAUGGGAUUUACUCUUAGAAACAGUCACGAGGAGUGGACUUGGACCUUCACGCAGUCUUUUAUCCUGCGAGAAAGGGACUCCAGUUGGCGGUCUUUCACUUUCUCUGCAUGUAUGUAUGGCAGGUUCGGACUCUUGAUUUGACCUGUGUGUGUGUGUAACUGGAACAAGGAGUUGCCACCAUGCCCCUGGGUGCCAUGUGGAGCCGGGUGAAGAAUGUAUGCCAGCAGAAUGGCCUCCUCAUCCUGUCUGUGCUGGCCGUGGUGGUCGGCUGCCUGCUGGGAUUCUUCCUGCGUUCCAAACACCUCUCUGAACAGGAGGUGAAGUACUUUCAGUUCCCCGGAGAGCUGCUCAUGAGGAUGCUGAAGAUGCUCAUCCUGCCUCUUGUUGUCUCCAGUUUGAUGUCCGGUCUGGCAGCGUUGGAUGCUAAAUGCUCGAGCCGCCUGGGCAUAAUGACCAUCUCGUACUACCUGUGGACCACCUUCGUGGCUGUAGUAGUGGGAAUCGUCCUGGUGAUCAUCAUCCACCCAGGUGGCGCGGCGCAGAAGGAAGACUCGGAGGACAGCGGCAAGCCAAUCAUGAGCUCUGCGGACGCUCUACUUGACCUCAUCCGCAACAUGUUUCCUGCAAACCUGGUCCAAGCUACUUUUCAACAGUACCGCAGCAGGAGUAUCCCCAUCUUUAAGCCAAAGCCCAUCGUGAGCCAAGACCUGACGGAGUCCAACACCAGGCGCAGUUUUAUCUACGACAUCCAGGAUGACAACGGCACUGACAUCCAGAGCUUCUCUCUGGACUUAACGCCGCCUCCAGAUGUGGUGUUAAGGACGCUGCCCGGUACCAGCGACGGCAUGAACGUCCUGGGGAUCGUCAUAUUUUCAGCUACCAUGGGAAUUAUGCUGGGAAGAAUGGGACCCAACGGCAGUGCACUGGUCAACUUCUGCCAGAGUUUAAAUGAAGCAGUGCUGAAAAUUGUAGCCAUCGUUAUCUGGUAUUUUCCAUUUGGGAUCGUCUUCCUGGUGGCUGGCAAGAUCUUGGAGAUGGACGACCCCUCUGCAAUGGGGAAGAAAUUGGGUUUCUACGCAAUCACCGUGGUUAUCGGGCUGAUCGUCCAUGGUCUCUUCAUCCUGCCCGCCAUGUACUUCUUUAUCACCAAGAAGAGUCCAAUUGUUUACAUCCGAGGCAUCUUGCAGGCUCUGCUCAUCUCACUGGCCACUUCAUCCAGCUCUGCCACGCUGCCCAUCACCUUUAAGUGCCUCCUGGAGAACAACCAUAUCGACCGACGCAUCAUCCGCUUUGUCUUACCUGUUGGAGCCACCAUCAACAUGGACGGUACAGCACUCUACGAGGCCGUGGCAGCCAUCUUCAUCGCUCAGGUCAACAACUAUGAGCUGGACUUUGGUCAGAUCAUCACCAUCAGCAUCACAGCUACAGCAGCGAGUAUCGGCGCAGCGGGAAUUCCUCAAGCUGGCUUGGUAACCAUGGUGAUUGUAUUAACCUCAGUGGGGCUUCCUACUGACGACAUCACAUUAAUCAUCGCCGUGGAUUGGGCCCUGGACCGUUUCAGGACGAUGGUGAACGUGAUGGGAGACGCACUGGCCACGGGAAUCAUGGCACACAUAUGCAGGAAAGACUUUAUGAAGGAGGGCGAAGAGAUUCCUCUGAUCUGUGAAACCAAGCCCAUGAUAAGCAUCCAACAGAUGACGUCCUACCAGAGCAACGGCUGCUUCCGACCUCCUCCGGCACGCCCCGGAAAGCCUGAACAUCUCUCCCCAGAUGUGGCUCGCCUUGUACAGCUGGAAGAAGGCAUCAAGCCAGAGAGGAAGCAUAAGAAGUCCACACACCAUGUCAAGAGGAAAAACCAGGACCAAGACCGAGAUCGAGACCACUGCACUAUCGACAUGAACGGCCUCGAAACCAAAGUCUAGACUCAUUCAGAUCUCUUUGGCCUAAGAGGAACGAGCAAGGAACAAGUGCUGUACAUGUUCUUCUGUCACUCGCCGUUCAAAAUCCUUCUACUGACUGGCCGCCGAUGGCUAGUGAAGGUUUGUAUGCGUGUACAAAUGUGGACCAUAUGUGGACAGGUUUGAAAGGAAAACGAAAUGAUCUGGUCCUACCUCUGGAACUUUCUAUCGUUGCUCCUUACCAACACCCAGAAUGCGUCACGGGUUCAUUCAGCUUCUUACAGCAACCCACGCUGGGUAAAAGAAUAAAGUGAUCUACGACAGUCAACAUGGAUAUAAUAUUAAUGAUAAACAGACUGUUAGAACACGCCACUUUGUACUGUUUUAUCCUGGGCAAGUCAUUUGCUCUCAAGUUUUGUAAUUGCCAUUAGGGAUACGAUUUCAAUUUUAAAAAUGUAGAAAGUUAUGAAGGACCUUGGAAAUACUACAUCCUGGUCUAAAUGCAUGCCACAUAUAAUAGUUCAAUAAUUUGAGGGGAUUUUAUUUAUUGUAAGUCCAGUUUUGUGGAAUACUGUUCAAUUGGAAGGAUGGAUGCGUUGAUAAUAAAGCGGUUUUAUACCUUG